GCAUGGCAGGCAUGGGCGAAAUGAUAUCCGGAAGAAGUGAAUAUUCAAGUUAGGCCCAGUGAUGAGUGGCGAAGCAUACAUGUGUGCCGGCCCAGCACAGGCAGGUGAGCAGGAGGACGAUCGGGAGGUGCAAGAAUUGUUAACGGGAGUCGAGCGUUCUCGGGAUGAUGGCGACGGCGGCGAGACUGUGUCUGAUGAGAGUGCUAGUGAUGGUGGUGGUGGUGGUGUUGAUAUAAAGCGUGUCACGUCUAUUCCCCGAUGUGCAUCGAAAUGGGAAGCCCUUGAUGCUGAGCGAUUGAAAAUAUUUUACGUUCAAAUCGAACAAUCACCAUACUUGUAUGGGCCUGAUCAAAACGGCUUUUACGAGUAUGAUUACAAACGCCUCCUACGAGAUAUUUUGCAUACACCUAUUAACCCGACAAGGUUAACGGUUUCUACGCGGCGCAGAUGUAGUGCAUCGAAGGCCAUGGCAAACAAAAUGGCAGAUUCAUGGUGGGAUGUUUUUCACAAAGAUCAUGUUGACUUCCUUGAUACGGUUCUUGAAAACAUUCAGGUCGAUGUCAGCCACGAAGAAUCCCUCGAGUUGUUGGAAUUUUUUUCAAAAAAAUCAAGAAAAGCAGCAUUUGUCACAGCCGCAGGGGCAGGCCUAGGCCUAGGCCUACAGCAGACGAAACAGCAUAGUACAUGUAGUAGCAGCUCUAGCCAAGAAUCAACCAUUUCCUCUGAGUCUGGGGCCGAGUCUGGUGAUGAUGAUAUAAAGGGGGCUUCGGCCUACCCUAGGACUAGGCGGCCUAGCCCUGAUCCUCGUCAUCAAAGGUCCCGAUCCUCCUCCUCAAGGCCAAGCACGAUCUCCUCUCGCCUUUGGAAUUUGGCCUCGGAUAUUCGUUCAAUGAAGGAAAACAUCAGAUUGACCAUCAAAAGCUCAUUAAAAAAUUUUGAGAUAAUGGCAGGAAAUAAUAUUUAUGCCAGGGAGAAGACAUUUCGAGAGAUAAAUUUGAUGAAGGAAACAUUGCGAUUCUUGGAUAUUCUGCAGAAGAUGUUCACUAAAUAUGUAAAUGAAGAGCCAACUGAUGAAAUCUGUUUUGUGAACAUAUUCCGAAGUUUUGCGCAAAUGUUCUUGGUUGAAUUCUGCCCAGUUUCAAAACGGGUCGGUGAAAUAUUUGGAACGAAGGUGUCGUCGUGUCCUGAUCUUUGCUAUGAAGUGCAGAAAGGUCCAAGAAGUAGCUCUGCAGUUAUUACUACAAUUGCUGAGGUUAAACAAAGUGCUAGUCCAUUGGGCGACUCAUCCAGUUGUGAUCUACGUUCUGGAAAUCAAGAAGAGAAGAAAAAGAUAGAUGAUAUUGAUCUGCCGUUCAACCUUCGUGGACAGCAUGCUGCUGAGCUUCUCCUUGAGCUUCCCUUCUCUGCUUUACAGCCCUGUGAUGGCGAGGAAGUCAUUCUAGGAAUCACUGUGCAGUGCACUAGGGUACGUCUAACAUGCCUAAAAAUGGAAACGAAUCUACGGAAAUUACUAGAAAAAGGCCAUGAACAAGACCUGCCUGGUGUUAAAUCAGCUGAAAUCCAUUACACUCGAGGUUAUGACAUUCUGAAGAAGGAGGAUCGAAAACAUCUCGGCUACAUCUUACUUCUCCUUGCAUACUUAGAGGAUGCAUAUGUAUUUGAUUGAUUCCGGGACUGGACACAUUCUCCAGCAGUCUUUAAACACUGCUGGCCCUGUCAUGCUAAUGUAACAGAAAAGCCAUUCCGAGCGGUCAAGGUGUCACUAGAGACAGGGAUAAAGGCACAAUCAGGAAGACAUUUCUGAAUUCCUCAGGCAGGGACUUUCAAAAAGGGAUCAGGGCCAUGGAGAAUCGGAGGAUAUGAGUCAGGAAGAUGAAGAUGCUACUCUACCACAAAGGACAGACACUUAUAUGUGAUUAUAGAUUUUAAUAUCAACACUUGACUUCAACUAUUUACAACUAUUUACAACUACACAAAUACAGUGACACAACAUGGAACUCUUUAAACACAGCAAUCAGCGCUUGGUCUGAUUAAAACACUCCCCAAACAAUCUCAUAUUUACAGUAACCGGUUGAGAGAAGGAUAUUGACUCAUGUCAAUAUCUUCGCCUUCUAUAAGACGGACCAAGAGUUCAAUUAACUCGUCCAAAAACUCAACUAGAUCUUCUAGUUCUAUAAAAGUGCCAAUGAUGAUGAUAUCAUCUGGAUAUAUGUGCACACUUGGUGCAUUCAGGGGAACCGAAGGUUCUGGCAUCUUUAGAAUUGAUUGUUUACCUCCCCAGAAAUACCAAUAGAUUAGAUAGGAUUGCUCAAAUAUAACCCUCUGGGUUUAGGAGCUGACUCAAGUCAAUUUGGAGUUAGUACAACCAAAAAGAUCAAGGCUACUGCCUUUGCUUUGUCUAUAGAUUAAUCAAAGUACAUUCAUCCACAUGGAUAACCAGUGCUGCUAUUAGCAAGCUACACAAUGCAUGAACAUGUGCGUGAGGAAUCUGACAGAAUGAAAACAAAGGUCCAGCUUCCAAACAAAUUGAUGAGAAUGACGUCAUCAAACAUGGCGAACAAGUUUACAAAAGUCCGAAAUUGCACCCAUAAAAACACUUACUACAAAUACACAGUUACUUAUAAACUUACCAGGAAGCUCUAGAUAAAUUGGUCCUAAGGUCUCUCCAAAGUUUGAUGAUCUAACACCACACAGUUUUGUGUAAAAUUGUCUUCAAACACGAAAAUCUGCUCCGGUAAAAAUCUUCUAGGUACACAUAAAAUGCAAACCCGGAGAACGAGUACUGACGGCACAGCGGUUGUAUGUACAAUGCGGACUCAAACCGGUCCCAAGACGAAACGAAGAAGCUAAAGGUUAAUUAAGUUACA